GAGUGAGAGGCCGGUAUAUAAGACGGCAGAGGCGGUGGCCAGACAUCACACUCCACCAUGAAGCUCCUGGUACUUGUUUCGGUGUUCGUGGCGACAGCCUACGCCUCUCCCCAAGGCUACAACCUGCGCACACCGUCGGGUCCAAGGAUCUCCAUCGGUGGAUCAGGGUUCUCAACAGGAGGUUCAGGGUUUAUCUCAGGAGGUUCAGGGUUCUCCUCAGGCGGCUCUGGCUCUUAUGGAGGUGGAGAGACUAGAGGCAACUGUGGUCCUGGACAGGUCCGUCAUGUGGACGGCAGCUGUGUGAAUCCUCAAGUUACUCGCAACUUGUAUGUGUACACCGUCCCUCGAGCAGCUCCAAUCGUGGGCCCACGACCAAACGUUCCUCCACCAAGAGUUGAACACAAUGUUAUCUUCAUUCGCACCCCAGAGAACGGCCCAGGCCAGGAACCCAUUGUCGUGCCACCACCACAAACAAGGAACGUCGUGUACGUCCUUAACAAGCGACCUGAAGAAGACCAGAGAGUCAUCCACGUACCAGCACCAGAACAAGAGACUCCUGAGGUGUUCUUCAUCAACUACGGUGAGGGAGAAAACCCAACUCUGCCCACCGGCGAGGACCUCCAGUCUGCUCUUCGGUCCGCUUCCCAGGGUGAAGGCGAUAUCAUUGGUAGCACCGGAGGUGAGAUUCGUGGCGAUGGCUUAAUUGGUGGUGGUGAUGGAAGCAUUGCGAUUGCUGGAGGCGGUGGAUCUAUUGUGAGCGGCGGUGGCAAUGUAAUUUCAGGAGGUGGUGUCUCCGUGUCUCAACCUUCAGGAUUGUACGCACAGCCAUAACUCAUGGACCCUCACUUCUGAAGACGGAGUAGCUGACUAUACAUUAUAUUUAUAUUAGCGCUUGUGUGCAGAGGUCUCAGAUAUCUAUAAUAUAUUUAUGUUUAUUAACGUUGUAAAUGAAUUUGCACUUUAUUCAAAAUUCAUUAAAUACCAAAUCAACUGUCAUAACUCUUAGCUUCCAAAAAAUAAAUUAUGAUACAUAU